GGUAAAGUGGUAGUAAUUUCCAGACUUCAGCGAGGGCAUCUCAACCCAAGAGCCAAACGACUCAACCGUUUACACAACCGCGCCGUGCACAGGCCUUUCGCAGAUUUAUUUUCCUCCGUUUUCUUGGCAACCAAACAAAGCAUUAUUCAACGACGAACGAAAAGAAUCAGAAAGACAUUGUAGAGCUGUCAAUGGACAAGGUCGUGGAGGCUGUAGAGAAGGCGAAGAAGGAUUGGGACGAGACGUACAAUCGAACCCAAGAGCACAUAAGAUCAAUUGAAGAGUAUGGCAAAAAUUCAGAAAGAUCUACUACAGAGGAGAGAAAUUCACUGCCCAGAUUGAAUGGUCUCGCACAAGACGGCUUGGCUUUGCUCACAUCAUUGCAAUUCAAGCUCGAUCUUCUCGCCCCGCAACUCCCCACCGAUGAGGAAGUUCAGUCCGCCCAUUCCUUGCUCGAAUCAUGGAAACGCCAAAUCCAAAGUUUGCGGUUGAGUCUAAGGAAUGCUAAUCUGCAAGCAAAGACAAACAUGAGGAAAUCUGCCCAAGAAGAGAGGAAGCUGCUUCUGGGAAGUGGAGAAGAGUCCACAAUUCGCAGGCGCAAUUUAGAAACAAAAGCUGGAAUGACUUCUGCUGCAGAAAGCAUCACAGAUAGCCUUCGCCGUACGCGUCAGCUGAUGGUUCAGGAGGUUGAAAGAAGUGCGAGCACGAUCAUGACUUUUGAGGAUUCAACAGGAGUAUUACGGAAGGCUGAAACCGAGUACAAGGGGCAAAGCUCAUUGCUGAUGCGAACCAGGAACCUACUCUCCACAAUGCAACGUCAAGAUAUCCUCGACAGGGUGAUACUUGCUGUUGGUUUAAUCUUGUUCUCCUGUGCUGUUCUUUAUGUCGUUUCAAAGCGAAUUGGGAUACUCAAGUUGCAGAGAACGGUUACUGCAGCCAUUAAGGCUGGUAUGGCUGGGCAAGCAGAGCAUGGACCUGGAGCAGGUUUAGAUGUCAGAAACCUUGCUCGGUUCCAUGAAAAUGCUGUUCCUAAGGUGGAGAUACCCUUAGAACAACCCAUGCAUGAUGAACUUUGAAGUUUCAAUAUCAGUAUGUAUUAAUAACUAAGUAAUAUCUUUCAUAUGCCCUUGAAGCUCUUGAGCUUUGUUUCACACUAACAGAAGUACAUUAUGCAAUAGCCCUCUUUUUAUAUUGUGUAUAA